AUGGAUCGCAUCUUGCAGAUCUUCCAGAAUGACCUCACCUGCUCCAUCUGCAGGAACUACUUCAUAGACCCCAUCACCACAGACUGUGGGCACAGCUUUUGCAGGACCUGUCUCUACCACAACUGGCCAAACAUGUCAGUUCUUUCUCACUGCUCUGAAUGCCAGAAAGCAAUCCAGCAGACAGACUUUCACACAAAUGUCCGUCUCAAUCAAAUGGUUCUCACUGUCAAACAAGGCAGUCUGUGGCAUUCUCUCUGGUCUACAGAGAAUAGGUGUAGGAUACACAUGGAGGCAAAGCAGAUCUUCUGUGAGGACCAGAGGAGCUUGCUCUGUAUAAACUGCUCUAUCUCCCAGGAGCAUGGGGCUCACAGACACUGUUCAAUAGGAGAGGCGGCUGAGCAACACAGGGAGAAACUCCUCGAGACAAUGUGCUCUUUAUGGGAGAAAUGUUGUGAAAAUUACAGAAACCUGAUUGUGGAAAUUGUCACAACCAAAUCUUGGGUGAUUUAUGUGACCUCACAGGGGGAAGCGAUCAGAGCUACAUAUGAUGAGUUGGCUCCAAUUGAAUCUCUGGAAAAGCAUAAUCAUUUAGAGAGACUGCAAAGGGAAGGCAAGGAGAUUUUUGACCAACUCAGGGACAGUGAAGUCAGCAUGACAAACAAGAGGGAGCUUUUAAGAGGAAUGUAUGCAGAGCUGAAGGAAAUGUACUAUAAACCAGAUGUACAGCUGCUCCUGGAUUUUGGAGACAUAUUGAACAGGAGUGAGGCAGUGUGUGAGCACAUGCCCCAGCCUGUGAAAGCAGAGCUCACUGCAGUGACCAUCUCAGGGAUGAUGACAAGGUUCAACUUUUUCAAAGAGAUUUUCAGUUUGCAUCUUGGAAAAACUCGCGCUCAUGACUUCCUACAAGGAGAUUUGAUAAGCCUGGGUAUUGGAUGUGGUAUUCAAGGUGUACCAUUUAUCUUUCCACAAUCUGAGUGUUUUCUUUACUGGGGUGAUAUUUUUUUUACCCAUGGGCAACAUUACUGGGAGUUACAAAUGAGAGAUACUUGGAAUUGGGCUUUAGGAGUCUGCUGUGAAGAUUGGGUAGAGGGUAAUAGAAACCUCCAGAAGGCAUUCUAUGUUCUUGGCUGUGCUAAAAACGACAUGCACCACAGUGUCUUCACCACCUCCCCACCUGUACUGCAAUAUGUGCCCAAACCUACUGGCUUGGUUGGGGUAUUCCUGGAUUAUGAAGGUGAAAGUGUGACCUUUGUAAAUCCAGAGGAAAGUUCCCUUAUAUGUAGAAUCUCCUCUUGCUCUUUCUCUCCCCAUCUCAGGCCUAUCUUUUGCUGUUGUCACUCCCGACUAGAAAUACAUUAG